CCAGGAAGAGACUCAUUAUUUCUCCUUCAAGUCAUGCUGAUUUUCUUAAGUGACAAAAGCAAAAAAAUCAGCGAUCAGUGUAGAACGAAGAGAAACACUUUAAAGAAUGACUGGAGAAAUUUGUUUCUGAAAGGAAAGAUCUUUGUAAUUCUUGCGGUUACUGAUUUUUAAAACAGUUGUUCUGAAACUGAAAGUAAAGUUUAGGUUGCUGGAGCAGUGAAAAUGGACUCACUAAAUGUAUCUGCAGAAGAACUUUCUUGCCCGGUGUGCUGUGAAAUCUUCAAGGAUCCUGUUCUUUUAUCAUGUAGUCACAGUUUCUGUAAAGAGUGUCUUCGACAGUUUUGGAGAACCAAUGAAACUCGGGAGUGUCCUGUCUGCAGGAGAAGAUCCUCAAAACAACAACCUCCGUGUAAUCUGGUGUUAAAAAACUUGUGUGAGUCGUUCCUGAAGGAGAGAAAUGAGAGGCGUUCAUCAGGAUCUGAGGAGAUCUGCAGUUUACACAGUGAGAAACUCAAACUCUUCUGUCUGGAGGACAAACAGCCUGUGUGUUUAGUGUGCAGAGAUUCACAGAAACAUGAAAAUCACAAAUUCAGACCCAUCAGUGAAGCUGUUUCAUCAUAUAAGAAGGAGCUCAAUACAGAACUGAAGUCCUUACAAGAGAAUCUUAAACACAAUGAAAAAAUUAAAGGAGAGUUUGAUAAAACAGUUCAGUAUAUAAAGUCUCAAGCUGAGCACACAGAGCAUCAGAUUAAACAGCAGUUUGAGAAGCUUCAUCAGUUUCUCAGAGAUGAAGAAGAAGCUACAAUCACUGCACUGAAGGAGGAAGAGGAGCAGAAGCAGAAGAUGAUGAAGGAGAAGCUGGAGCAGAUCAACAGACACAUCUCAGCUCUUUCACACACAAUCAAAGACACAGAGGAGAUGAUGAAAGACCAUGACAUCUGCUUUCUAAAGAAGUUUCCAGUCUCAAUGGAAAGAGUCCAGAUCUCACAGCCGGAUCCACAGACGCCUUCUGGAGCUUUGAUUCAUGUGCCACGUUACUUGGGCAACCUGCCGUUCAGAGUAUGGAAGAAGAUGCAGGACAUUGUCCAAAACACUCCUGUGAUUCUGGAUCCAAACACGGCUCAUCCACGUCUCCUCCUGUCUGAUGAUCUGACCAGUGUGAAAAACAGUGAGAACGAACAACCAGUUCCUGAUAAUCCAGAGAGAUUUGCUGAUUAUCUCUGCGUUUUGGGUUCAGAGGGGUUUAAAUCAGGAACACACUGCUGGGAUGUGGAGGUUAAAGAGUGUUGGUGCUGGAAUGUUGGAGUGACUACAGAAUCAAACCAAAGGAAGGGAGAUGAUUUCUUUAACACUGAUGUCUGGAGUGUGCGGUAUGAUCCACAUGGACUGUUUGAACGGACUUGCUUUCCUGUUAAAAAGAAGCUUGAUCGUGUGAGAGUGUAUCUGGACUAUGACAGAGGAAGAGUGUCAUUCUCUGAUCCUGUAACUAACACACAUCUACACACAUUCAAAACCACCUUCACUGACACUGUCUUUCCAUUCUUUUGUUCUUACAGUUUUUCCACUCUUGGGAUCUUGCCAUUCAAUAGUCAGUAAUCGUAGUAGGUCUGGAUCUUCCUGCUUUCAUCAUGUUUCCAGUAUUUAAUAUCACAUGAGCAAGAGUGCUGUUGAUCUGCUGUUCAGCACUACAGCAAAACUAACACUGUUAUUGCUUUCAUACAAGUUUAGAGGGUUAAUUUCAAGUAAAUCCAUGAUUUCAGAGACAUGUCCAGAUAUUAGUCUUUGAUUGAGUUAAAUAAUAGUUUUACAUGGAACUAUAUUGAAUAUGAUCAAAAACACAUACACAUCUUUAAUGCAGAUCAAUGGAAAAUUGUGUAUAUUAAUCUAAGGGCAGUUCAGCAUUGUAAUGUAUCUUAGGUGGGUUGCUAUUUUAGAAAGGUAUCAUUAAUGUAAAAUAGCCUCAUAAAUCAAAUAUUUUAUGCAAAUGCACGUCAACAACCUAGUUACAGUUUAGUCACUACAUCUGAAUUACAUAUGGAGUUGUAUAUAGUUUUUAUUUAAUAAAAUAAUUUAUUAUUUAAUAACAUUUAUAAAGAUCUAUAGGCUAGGGUAAAUAAUGAACAUUUUAAAAGUGUGUACUUCUAAUUCAUGAAAUUAAAUAAAUAAUUGGUGUUUUCAGUUAAUUCAGUGCUGGACUUCAACAUGUCUAAGAGCAAUUUUUCCACAGAAUGAAAUCUGAGAAGUUUUUAAAACUUUCCUGGAACAGGCAUGGAGUAUGCAUUUCGAAAGUGAGGAUGUUUAGGCCUACAUCUCAAAUCACCUGCUAAAAUGUUCAUAUGAAUAUAUUUCCCUUCCAAAUGUGCAAUCUGAAUAA